AUGUCCCUUCAGCUUCAGCUUCAUCUUCCUUCAUCAUCUUCAUCGUCAUCUGAUUCAGACAAUGAAAUAAUUCAAGCCCAUUUUAAUUCCCAUCAGCUGGUGCUCUAUGACCCUGCAACAGCCAAUGCUAAUGCUAAUGCUAAUGCUGUAGCUACAGUGCAUGAGAAAGUGAACAGGCCCAAUCCUUUUCCAUUUCAUCGUCCACCUAGGGUUUUGCCAUCUGUUGGGGCCUUCACUGUGCAGUGUGCCAGCUGCUUCAAAUGGAGGCUCAUCCCAACAAAGGAAAAGUAUGAAGAGAUUCGUGAACACGUUCUGGAGCAGCCCUUUUACUGCGAAACGGCACGGGAAUGGCGGGAUUUUGUUUCUUGUGAUGACCCAGAAGACAUUACUCAAGAUGGAAGCAGGCUCUGGGCAAUUGAUAAGCCCAACAUUGCUCAGCCCCCACCCGGCUGGCAACGCUUGCUGAGGAUUAGAGGUGAAGGAGGCACCAGAUUUGCAGACGUGUACUAUGAAUCACCAUCAGGCAAGAAACUUCGAUCAUCGGUGGAGAUCCAAAAGUAUUUGCUUCAACAUCCUGAGUAUCUGGAUGCGGGGGUUACUAUGUCACAAUUCUCGUUUCAAACUCCAAAGCCUUUGCAGGAAGAUUAUGUGAGGAAGCGUCCUGAUAAUUAUGUGAAGAAGCAUCCUGCUCACUUGACAGCUUCUUCUACUGCCAAGAGACUUCUUGAACCUGGUGCAGAAGUAAGUCCCAUAGCAUGGGUUGGUCCAGAUGACUCCCCAGACUCGCAACUUGGUAGGCCAGCAUGCUCUCCAUACUCACAGGCACCUCUGUUUGAUCCUUUUGUUCGACCAACAAAGAAACGAGCAACAAGAAUUCCAUCAAAGAUUUACAGGGCUAAUGCAUAUAGUAGCACGGAGUCAAGGUAG